AUGUCAUCAUCGACGACAACGUCUUCUUCAUCUCUUGCCAAACAAAAGAGGGGUCAUCCGAAAUGCUUCUGUGAGAUUGAAGCCCAACUGAGAUACUCAAAUACUCAACAUAAUCCAGGACGACCCUUCUUAAGUUGUCCAAAGUACAACAAAGAGGGAUUACCAUAUUGUAAGUAUUUCAAAUGGGUAGAUGGCCAUGAAUACCCAUUGUCGGACCCAAGUGAAACUCACACUGAAAUUUCCAGCAAGGAGAAGGAGCUGAAGAAAAAACUGGUCGAUAUUGAGAAGAUCAUUAUUGAUUUGCGUAAAAGAGUAGACGACUUCGAGUUCAUACUAUCCAAUAGAAAUGAGGAGUUACUGAAAGAGUUGGUGGUUGUUGUACGUGAAGCAGAAAUAAGACGUUCACGCAUAUUAGUCCGUGGGUUUUGGGCUUUAGCAUUUGUUCUAGCAUAUUACUUGGUGGUUAUGUAG